GAUAUCAACACAGCCAGCGGCGCUGACUCGUUGACAUCCUCACUGUCGGAAGAGACGAAACGCCGCCGCGGUCUUGACCGACUGUCCCCUCUUGAGGUUCCCGACCUGGGCAUGUCCUGCCAUGUUCGACCUCAAUGGCGGUUGGAACCUGUCUUUCGCUGGUUGCGGGUUCCUGGGGAUUUACCACAUCGGUGUCGCCAGCUGUUUGCUGGAGAAAGCGCCGUAUCUCAUCUCGGGAGCGACCAAGCUGUACGGGGCUUCUGCCGGUGCGCUGACCGCCACCAUACUGGCGAGCCAGGCGUCCAUAACAAAAUGCUGUGAAGAUGUGAUUGAAGUUGCCAAAGAGGCUCGAAAGAGGAACCUGGGGCCUCUCCACCCGACCUUCAACCUGGUGAAAGUGCUGAGGACUGGGCUCAAUCGAGACUUGCCCUCGGACGCGCACGUUCUGGCCUCAAAAAGACUGUCUGUCUCACUCACCAGAGUGGCAGAUGGGAAGAAUGUGCUGGUGUCAGAGUUCAGCUCCAGGGAGGAGCUCAUUCAGGCGCUGAUCUGCAGUUGCUUUAUUCCAAUAUACUGCGGGCUGAUACCACCAUCUUUCAGAGGCGUGCGCUACGUUGACGGAGGGAUCAGCGAUAACCUCCCGCAGUCGGAGCUGAAGAACACCAUCACCAUCUCGCCCUUCUCAGGAGAGAGUGAUAUCUGUCCGCGCGACAACUCCACCAGCUUCCAUGAGCUGAGAUUCACCAACACCAGUAUCCAGAUGAACCUAGGCAACAUGUACCGGCUGAGCAGGGCCCUGUUCCCUCCAGAACCCAAGGUUUUGGCAGAGAUGUGUCAGAGCGGCUACCAGGAUGCACUUCGCUUCCUCCAAGAAAACAACCUGCUGAUGGCAGGGAGACCCUCAGCCGGCCUUGCCUCGCCCGACACCACGCCCCUCUGCUGCAGCAGGCACACUGAGACCACCAGAGAGUGGGUCCUACGGCGGCUGCGACUGCUUCGCAAACAGCACUGGUGGCUGGAUGAACAAAUCGCUUUGCCGACGCCCAUCAAGAAAGUGUUCUGCGAAGCGUGCCAGGACAAAUCUGGACUGUAUGACAAGUUGACCGACAUGCUGCCAGUGAGAGUGGCCUCCUACAUGCUUCUGCCGUACACACUUCCUGUUCAGUCGGCCUACUCUGCUGCUCAGAGAUUUGUGGAGUGGAUUCCAGAGGUGCCGGAGGAUGUGCGGUGGCUGUUUGGAGUGGCCGGUAGCGUCUAUCAAAAAGCCUGGAAGGGAUCGCCGACCAAUUCAGUCAGUGACCCCUGUCUGAGGAAGUGCCUGAGUGACCCACCACCAUCAUCAACAGAAUGCAACAGUCCUCUAGCGAGGGACCACCUGCCUGCUCUGUCUGCCCUGGAUCUCCAUGGCAACUACUGGGAGAUCCCCAAAACUACCUCCUCCUCUUCAUCUUUGCACCUCCAUCACCCUCGCAGUUCGCCCUCGUCCCCACAGCAGGUCUGCUUCUUUGUCGGCCUGCAGGAUGAAGCACUAGGUGACGAUCUACUGGACUGAGAAGCUGCACUUUUCUAGAAAGUCACAUGACUUCUGCUCUGUUGAACCAGCUGGCAAGGUGUCCACUCUGAAACGCUCUGAUGUUUAAAAAAAUAUGAGUGGAACACAAUGACUCAGGAUCAUCUAUGUGUUCUUUUAUUAACUCUCUUUUUGUCAUUCUUUUGUUUCCUAUGUCACAGUUGUCUGAUAUUCAGAUGCCAUCAGUCUGCUUUUACUGCAGACUCAUUUAUAGUUGGAUUUUAUCUCUCAAGCCCUACAGGCUUUUUCCUGUACAGAUUAGUACCCAGCAUAACAUUCAAGUAACUGCUUCAAGGUCAGCAAUGAAUGUUGGUUUCCCAAAUGUUUUGGCUUCUCUGUGAACAAUGGUGCACUAAUUCAUAAUCUGCCCUCUCUGAUCUGAACUUGCAACCAGUGUUACUACUCAUUAUUUAUCAUGUAAAUCUGUAAAGUAUCUUUGGUUGAAAUGUCUGAACAAUAAAUGUAACUAAAAAUUGUUG